CAAAAACUAAAUCAACCAAACCAAGCUGAAUCAAAUAAGAAAGAUUCCGCCAAAAAAAUGGUCCGCAAACUCAAGCACCACGAGCAGAAGUUGCUCCGCAAAGUAAAUCUCACCACCUACAAAUCCGACCACGCCCACCGCGAGCACGAGGUCUCGCAACGCUACUACCUGCAAAACCCACUCGACUACAAAAAGUACUCCUCGAUCGUGGGAUCGCUCCGUCAACUUGCACACAAGCUCGCAGCUCUAGACCCUGAUGCAGACCCCGUCAGACAGAAGACCGAGUCCGAGGUCCUGGAUAAGUUAUGGCGCAUGGGCAUCUUGAAGCAAUCGAGAGAACAGGGCGCUGGCCUGUCGAGGAUUGAGAAGGAGGUCACGGUUAGUGCGUUUUGCAGAAGACGGCUGGCGGUUGUUAUGGCGCGGAGUGGGAUGGUGGAGAAUAUCAAGACGGCGGUUACAUUCAUCGAGCAAGGCCAUGUGCGUGUUGGGUCGGAGGUUGUGACAGACCCGGCAUACCUUGUCACAAGGAACAUGGAGGACUUCGUGACGUGGGUGGACUCAAGCAAGAUCAAGCGGAGUAUUAUGCAGUAUCGGGAGAACUUGGACGACUUUGAUCUUAUGUAGCCUGUUCUGGCUGCGUGGCUAUGUGGAUUUGAUACCCUAUUUCUGUUGUUAAGCCCUGGGAUAUGGCGCUGUAAACCAUUUUCAUGCGUUGCAUAUAUACGAGUACUUAAAAGGGAGCGGCGUUGAAACGGACUGAAUGAAAUUAAUUCUAUAUGUAAUAUGUGUCUUGUGGGUAUCACAUGCAAAUUCGGACGGCCAUGUAUCAAUCAAAACGCAACGCUAAUGACAAUGAACGUGAAAAUGAGCGAUCAUCAUAAAUAAUCAGCCAGUUUUGCUACGACGACCAACGCCAAUGGCCUGUACAGAAAUCUUGGGCUUGAGUUUUAGUCCGCGGCGAGUUUGCUUGUCAGAGGGCUCCUCAGGGAGAUCCAUCCGAAACCUGCGGACGCUUCCUUCAUAGUUGGCUUUGCCGUCUUUCCCUUCUUCGAAGAACGGAACUCGGCUGUCGCCAAAUUGACACCACCGGGGUGCAACUCGUCGCCAGAG